AUGGAGCACACCUCGCCUAUUCCGAUAGCAGGAGAAGGGCUGCAGGACAGCUCUGGUGUAUGGACGCCUGCCGCCGCGCCGGGAAUUUUUGCUCUUGCGCCUUUUCCUCUGUUUUACUCGCACGUGGACGCGACUCUCUGCGGCUGUCGCGACCCGUUGCAUUGCACAUCAUGGCGCGACCCCAUUGGGGAGCAGAGCGCGGGAGAGACUCCUCCUCGUUCUUCAAGGUCAGGCCGCGGAAGAGGCGUCCUCGCUGAGCAAAAGGAUCGCAAAACGAAGGAGCCCGCCCGUCGGCUUGGGUUUCCGUCGCCCCUUUCUUCGCCGCGCUCUACUUCUCCUCUCACUUCUCCUGCCCUGCACAGAGCGACGGCAAAACAGCAUGAACCAGAUUUGACGGGGAAGACGGGCGACACGCCGCGAGGCCCGACGCCGCGGAGAAAAGAACCUGCGACGAAUGAGUCUGUAUCGUCCGCAGGCUGGCCGCGAGACAGGCAGCGGCCCGCGCAUGCCGAAGAAAUUGACAUCCCACGUGCUCCAGAUGGACCAGGAGACGACGCUUCUGCAAAGACCAUUUCUUUUUUCUGUUGCACGAGAUGGAAACACUUUGGGAAGGCGAAACCAGCAGCGAGUGCCCCCAACGAUCCGAAAGAGAGGACGCAGGCCCCUGCAGACGCCGGCGGGGAUCCUGACGACGAAAAACGGAAAAACAAAUCCCCCACUGGGAAUGGAGUCGUCUGUGGUAUGUUGUUGUUCGACGGCCACGAUUUCUACGAAGGUCGCCUGCUGUAUAGACACCUGAAUCCGCGUCUCCGCUGGAACGCGGAGACUUGGAAUCGACUCUUUUACGCUCUCACACAUACUUUGGCGGUCGGCUCGCCUGCGAAUCCCACUUCAGGUGAGGCUCAGGCGCCUCUUCUCUCUGCUGCAGAACCUCAUCUAAGGCCUGCUUCCUCGCUGUCGUCUCCCGUCUCCGCUGCUCGGGCGUCCUCUUCUUCUGCAUCGCCUCAGCGUUCUUCGGAAAGCGCUGCUGCGGCGCCGUUUGCUGCUCCCAGAGACCGCUCGACUGGGGUGCGGGUGGUGGUGCAUGCGCUCGACUUGCCCUUUGCUAGGGAUGAAAAACCCGCGAAUCUCUCUGUCGAGAGGCGUGGCGACAGAGCAGCAGACACGGACGGACCCUCACGAGGCGAACACGACCGGGAGCAACAGGAGCCUCAGCCGCCUGAGGCGUCGGCGAGAUCUGCGUCUCUUCGUCCGCAGUGGACUCUGUCUCCCAGUGUUGCAUCCUCGCUGUACAGGAGCCCGCGACGCACGCUCGCGGCAAACUCUUCGCAGACUGCGCCCUCUGCCUCGCUCUUCUCUCUCUCGUCGCUCCCUGGCCUCGCAGCGGCCUCAGGCGACGCCUUCAAAAACAAGAUUGACUCUGCAGCGCCGCCGCUCGAGUCGCCCUCUUCUGUGUCGAGUCCCGAGCGGAAACCCGCGGCAGAGGGCCGCCCACUGUGGUCGUAUGUCCUUUCGCUGGUGAUGCGCCUCGGAAGUGGCGCUUCUGAGCUGUAUGUACACCUGACGACCCCGCUGCGUAUGCAGCCACUCAACGUCGCCGUGGGAGUGCGGAAGCUCUUCACCGCGUCGAUUCUGCUUCAGCAGCUUCAGCUACAGGAGCAAGCUCGUCUCUUCGAGAACGCGCAGAAAAGCUCCUCUGCACUCGAGUCUUGCAUCGCUGAACUCGCAACUGCUGCGGCCUCACGCGAACGCCAGCAGCAGCGCCUCCUCAGAGGCAUGUGCCUGCUCCUAAACGAGAAAAAGGUGAAGCUAUGCGAGCUGCGGGAUGAGCUGGAGGCCUCCAAGAGGCGCCAGGCGACCGCUCAGCGCCCUGUGCCUUCCUCGGAGCUUGCGCAGGCGCCAGAUACGAGUCGCGCAGAGCCGGAUGACGGUGGAGAAGCUAUCUCGAAAAAGAGGCGAGAACUCCAAGUCGAGUCUUGCCGAAUAGAUGGCGAAGGAGCCGAACAGGAGGGCGAGUGCGCGAAAGCUCUUUCUCCCGCGGUGGCGCAGCGGAAGGGAACAAUGCAGAAGGCAGCAGGUGACACAGGACGCGUGCACGAAGAGGAGGUCAGGCAGCUCCACAACGACGCCGCAGCUGACUCCGGAGCGAGAGGCGCAGACGCGCGUGAAGAAGCGAAAGACGAAGACGAUGAAGCGUUUCAGUGGGCGGCGGCGGGACUGGGAUUGGGGGGGCGGAAAAAGAGGAAAAUCACGGAUGCGGAGAUCUCCGAGGCGAACCGGGCGCAGAGCGAGGAGGAGCUGAGAAAGGCGACUUCGGCGGACGACGAUCGAGGCGAGAAGCCGCAAGAAGGACGCCACGGGGAAGCGAAGAGCGGAGACGAUGGAACCUCACUCCAGCUCACAGACGGAGAUGCACGAGAAAGCCAUGGGGGCGAUCAGAAUUCGGCUUCGGCGGCGCCCGCGCCCGCGCCCGCGCGCCCGCCGUCCCUCUCGUCCUCCCUCUCCGCUUCUUCUGCUUCUUCGGCUUCUUCGCCUUCCUUUUGCUCGUCUCUACCCUCUCGGGGGAUGUUGAAGGUGACCGACGAGCGAGCGUUUCCGGCAGUGUUCGACGUCAUUCGCGUCAAGCCUGAGCCGCUGACUGCGAGUCAAGAGGACGCGCGGCGCCUGGCCGCUUUGAGAAAGUUGCAGCAGAAGGAGACUGGGCGUGCGUCUCAGGCCGAGGCCACCGAAUCGCGGAAGAUCCGCCCAAUCGAAGCAGUUGCCGACGAAGACUUCCACUACGAGGCAAGCGUACACGCCGCGCCUUCAGGGCUGGAGAAGAAGGCACACCGCCGCGUCGCGCACGAGCCUGGGGACCCCGAGUCAGGUUUGGCGCCACGAGACGGCAGCGGCGCGGCGAGACCGUAUGCAGAGCGAACCGAAGACGGAAGAGAAAGCGAAGAGGACACGCAGCUUGGAGAUGAGGCGUUGGAGGAGACGCAGCAGCUUGUCCACGGAGCCUGGGCGUCGCCGCUGGUCGCGCUGUUUGCCGCAGGAGAUCCUGCGCUUUCGGCCGAGAAUGAAAGUGCGGAGGAGAGAGAAGAACGAGAGAAGGGAGAGAAGAAAAAGGGAGAGAGCGCGAGAGGCCUCGAGCCGCAGAGCGAGACGGAGACAGGGGCAGCGAGUCAGGACUGGGAGCUCGAAACGCAACGAAACGAAGAAGAAAAGAGGCAGCCGGGACGGCUGCAGCAAGGCACCAGGGCCAGAGGGCGAGGGCGACACCGCGGGAGCGGCGUCAGUGCCUCCGCAACGAGAGGACAGGAGGCGAGGCAGGAUGAACCUGCAACUGGCAACCGAGGGCAUGCGAGGAAGGGAAGAAGAGACAAAGGACAGCCUCCAACAGCUGGCGCGGACGAAGCGGAGGACUCCGCGGAGACUCACGAUGGCGUUCCCUCGCGAGGCCACGGAGCGGUCUCCGCGGAAGGCAGACGAGGACGCGGAAACGACGAGAGAGAAGAGUCGCAAGGUGGGGUUUUCCUGCUCGAGGGCGGGGACAGGGGCGACGGCUUCUCGCAGGCGAGUUCAGCGAGCUCGCUGCUGAGACCGCCAAGGAAAAGAAAGGGUUUAGGGUUUAGGAAUAGGAGGGCGAGCGCGCCGCAGGCGGCGGGCGAGCAGCAGGAAGCGGUCGGUGGGGGGCAGGUCGAGAGAGAAGGAAAGCCGGGAGAGGACGAAGCUCUUUCCACUCCCAGAAGCGACGACGCAGAGGCGAUGUCGCGGAGGCGAUUGAGACGCAUCUCGCGUCUCUCUCAGGCUUCUCAGGGCGCAGACGAGCUCGACGCGCCACACCCCAACGAGGCGGAGGGGAAAAAAGCGUGGCUCACGAAGCGGCGAACUUCGACGAAGGGACGUGGAUGA